AUGGCGACCAACGUGUACGGCGGCGCCACGGUGGCCUGCAGGGUGUGCUACAGGGACCAGUACGGGACGCCGCCGCGGGAGCUCAGCUGCAACACGCCCCGGAGGGGGAAGUCGACGAGCGGGCACCACUUGAUCUCCAGGCUCUGUGAGUGGAAACCCACGGGGAGGAGGUCUGAUGCGCAGCGAGGCUGCGAGGUCUGGUGCCGCUCCUGUGGUUCUCGGAAUAGCGGGGAGACUACGGAGUGCGAGAGUUCUGAAGAUGGCGCCAGUCCUUACAGAGAUUUCAAACAACAUUCGAGGGGAAAUACUCAAUUCUCAGAUGAUCAAGUCGCAUCUAAGAAGAAGUCAGCCUAUGCUAGUCAAGGGUUGGCCGAAGCCUGCAAAUUUGUUUACAAUGAUGCAAAGUUUGUAAAUGAAAGGGCUCAAAAUGACAUUCUACUACUUUCACGUGGCAUAACAAAGCUGAACAAACGUGCUUGGGAGGAUGCUGCUGUUUUAGGCUUGGGGUUUCUCAAGCUUGAUGCUCGUGCACGCAAGGAUACUCAAAAGAUUGACCACAGCGUGAAGGAGAGGGCAGCCCGCCUUAACCAUUUUGCUAGAGCAUUCAAGGAACGAGCUGAGUCAGACUUGAAGAAAGCUGCAGACCAACAUUGGAGUGAUGGUGCUUUAGAGGCAGAUUUGCGACGAGCUGAUCUGGUUGUUAAACGACGUGCAAUGGAAGAUGCUUUCAUGGCAUUGAAGUUUGUUCGGGAUAUCCAUGACAUGAUGGUGACCAGAUUAUAUGAGCAGCUUCCAAAGGACGGUGCAUCUUCUUGUACAAAUUCAACAGGGUUUAUUACACUCGAGAAGAAUGGGAAGACUCUUGAACUGUUUCCUGGUGAAGUUUCUGCUGAUCAGAUUUUUGCCAUAGAGGAAGCAUACCGAAGUAUGGAAUCUGCCUUUUCUGAAGCUGAUGGUAUUGACUACACAGAUCCUGAGGAGCUUGAAUUGCUAGUAGCAACACUUAUUGACCUAGAUGCCAUGGAUGGAAAAAGAAGUGUUUCCUUGAUAGCUGAAUGUUCAAGCUCUCCAGAUGUUAAUACUAGGAAAGCCCUUGCUAAUGCAUUGGCUACAGCUCCAUCUAUGUGGACUCUUGGGAAUGCUGGCAUGGGUGCACUGCAGAGAUUGGCUCAAGAUCCCAAUUAUGCUGUUGCUAGGGCUGCAUCAAGAGCCAUUGAUGAACUCAAGAAGCAGUGGGAACUUGAAGAAGGCGACAGCCUGAGGUUUGUCAUGAACCAAAAUUAUGCUUCUGAGGCAACUGAUGAUGAAACUUCAGCAGCAGACGACACAACGUGAGGUGUAAAGAAGAGAACGAAUUCAGUUCCAAAAGUACCGACGUACCGAAGCAUAACAAAACAUCAUGAGCAAUAGGACUGAAGAUCAGAUAGACAUGCAAGGAAUUUCACAUAUACUUAGUUGAAGGGGGUGAAAGAGUAUGUUGCUCUGCGAGCAGAAUUCAUGUCUAGGGCAAAGUAAGUUUGCGGAACAGCGUAAAUAGGAGAAGCCUGUUCCCUUUGGUUAUUGUUCGUAUAUGGAAGCAAAAGGUUAUGCUCGAAGAGCACGGUUCCAAAAGCCACCAUUUUUUUCCCCUUGUUUUGGAAAUACUCCGGAUAUGUAUAUGUUGUUUAAGUGUAUAGUAAAAUUUAUGUAUUUGAAAA